AGUAGCAGAGCACAACAGCUGAAACAAACAGACAAUAACGGAGAGAAUAGCAGACAAAAUCAGCAUCCAGCAACCAUGCAGCCACCACCCAGAAAGGUGAAAGAGAGCCAGCAGGUGAAACUGGUAUUCUCAGAACAGCUCAGCAAAUUGCAGAACAAGCAACAUCAGGACACUGAACUUCUGGAGGAGAUAAGGUCCUUCAGUAAGCAACGAGCAGCCAUCGAGAAAGAAUAUGGUCAAGCUCUUCAGAGGUUAGCUGUCCAGUACCAGAAGAGAGACUGGCAAAGAGGAAAUACAGAUGCUAUUGCUUCUGGCAGUGUGUUUGGUGUGUGGCGAUCCGUGGUAGAUGCCACAGCUCAGACAGCCGCAUCACGACUUGCUGCCACAGAGGAGUAUCGCAGACUGAUUGGACAAGCCUCCAGAAGUCUUCGCAAUGCAAAGGACGUCCGAGCAAAGAGAGGUCUGGAGAGGCUCCAAAGGGUACAGGGUGAAGUGGUGGAUUCUCUGCGUGAGCUGCACAGGAUCAAGAAGAGCUACCACCAACUCAGUCACAUUGCCAAUGUUGCUAGAGAAAAAGCUGCUGAUGCACAGACCAGAGCAAGGAAGAGUGAGCAUGGGAUUUUCCACUUUAAAACCGGAAUACAUAAGAUGACUGCUAAGCUCAGUGCCAGGCUGAAAGAGUGUGAUGACCGGUUGACUGAAGUUCGCAACGAGUAUCUGCUGGCGUUAGCAGCAGUCAACACCCAUCAACUACACUACUAUACCGAUGACUUACCACGUAUUAUGGAGCAAAUGGAUGGUGAUAUUUAUGACAAUUUGAGGAGCCAUUUUACCCUGCUGUGUGGGACAGAGAUGAACACCUGUCUGGCAGCACACAAACAGCACAGCAGGAUAUGGGACAGUGUGGCUAAGGUGACCAGAGAGAGAAACGUGCAGCAGUUUCUACAAGAAUCAGUUUCCUUCAGCAAAACACCUGAAUUCAGCUUCCAGUCAGCUCCACGUGACAAGGUGUCUGUUCUGCAGGAGGUCUGUGCUUUAGAAGGGGAGGGCUGUCUGAUUAAGGAGGCCAAGAAAUGGGCUUCCAAAGCUGCUAAAGACUAUAAGAUCGUCACUCAUGGAGAGAGGGCCUUAAGGACACUAGAGAGUCGGUUGAAGCUCUUGUCGGGGGAGACGGGGCUCAGUGUGGAGCAGAAGAUAGCGGAGGUGCAGGACAGCGUCAGGAAAGCCAGGCUCAGCAGGGUGAAAGCAGAGGCCCGUCUGACUCUGUUGUCAGAGAGCGUCGCAGGGAUUGAACUGUGGCUUCAUAACGCCAUGAACCAGGCAGAGGAGGAGCUGGAGAGAGAGAGACGGCUCAGUGAACAGAGGAAAUCCACUGAGGACUUUUCAGAAGAGGAGUUUGAGCUGACUGACUUUGACGACUACGAAGAUAUGAACGGAGAUAUCUUUGCAGAUCCAGCCUCAACAUCUGGAGUGUGUGUUUACCCUGCAGCCUGCAGAGUUGUCUAUAGCUACCAGGCUAGCCAAUCAGAUGAGCUGUCGAUCAUGGAAGGGGAAGAGCUUCAAGUGAUUGAGGAUGGAGACAUGGAAGACUGGCUGAAGGUGUGUAACUCGUGUGGUCAGGUUGGGUAUGUUCCUGAGCGGUACGUGCAGUUCUUGUGUCUACCAGCAGAAGACACCGUUCAGCUUGACAGUUCUUUCAGCUCCACCUCAUCCACCGGAAAUAAAGAGAGGGCAGGGAGCCGAGGUGUGGUCCGAGCUCUGUACUCCUACCAGGCUCAGAGCGCAGAGGAGCUUUCUUUCCAGGAGGGGGCACUAAUACACCUGAUGCGCUGUCGACAUGGAGAGGUGGAUGAUGGCUUUUGGGAGGGAGAGCUGAAUGGACGGAUCGGUGUCUUCCCAUCGUUGGUGGUAGAGCUCGUCCAUGAUGAAGGGGAGGAGGAAGAAAAGGAGGAAGAGGAGGAGGGGCCUCUCCCCACUCCCGCCAUGCCUCCCUUCUCUCCCCCGAUCCCAAUACCCUCAAACCAGGACAAACAGCAGGUCGUUCCCACAGGGCUGCCAAGGCUGCCAGACAACAGAAUCGACACUGGAGGCAGCAGACACAACUCUCCAGAUCUGUCCAGCAGCCGACUGAGACCAUGCCGAGCACCACCUCCUCCUCCAACACAGAAGCCUUCGCCUCAGCCUUAAGACGAAGACUGGUGUGAAGGUUCACAAGAAGACGUGUCUUGUUAUGAGUAAAGAGUCCCUGGUUUUGUUCCUUUUAUUGUGUGUCAAAUAUUUAUCAGUUGUUUUUAGCAGUCAAUAUAGAUACCAAAGUCAUCCGUGUGUCACUUCAGAGCAGUGGUAUAAGCACCACAUGAGCAGAGACAAACUGCAGUUGCUAAUACAGAUACAGUAGGAGCACCAACAUGCAGUGUAAGGGUGAAACAAUGCUAACAUACAAGUUGAGUUAUAAUUUAUUUAUGCAGCACCUCAUAACUGUACCUUUAGCUUUUGGUUACUGAGCUAUUACCACAAUUAUGUAACAGCCUUUACAGCUAACAAGCAGCACAGUUCAGAUGCUAACUGCUAAGUGUGUAAAACAGCAAAAAAAAGGGCAAUUCUGACUGAAAAGAAAAUGUAAAACAGUAUUUUAUUUGUAUAUACUUCUAUAUAUUUUGUAGCCUUUAAUAAACUGACAGGAUGACAUUAACAUGUAUCUCCAUUACAGGCUAUAUGUGGACUUCCAGGUCAUGACUUUAUUAGUAUAAGUGUUAGUCUAAGAAAACAUAUUGUGAGAAUAUAUUGUAUGUGAGUACAGUUAAAAUAAAUAUAUGGAUUUAUUUGAACCUUUUUUUAAAAUUUCAUAUCUGCUAAGAUUAUAUAAGUUAAUCAUCAGCACCAUUUUAUGCAAAAAACACAUUAAUGCUCUUGUGCUGUGUUUAUGGAUUUAGUGACAUUUAUCUGUGGGAAAGUUUAUCCACAUGCAACAUUAUGGAAAAAUUAUGUGAUUUGUUUCUACUUUUAGGACAAUAGCAGAAUGAGCUAUCAUCGAUUGUGUUUCAUAUAACAUUAAAGUAAUAGUUUGGCUUUUGUAAUAAGA